AUGGAUAAAAUCCUGUGUGAACAGUUUGAUACAUUGAGAAACUAUUUACCCGAUGAAUUAGAAAAACAUGAAUCAGUCAAUUUUAAUCAAAAUGAGAAUAUUAAGUAUUACUGCCCUAAUGGAGAAUCAGGGAAAACAGAAUGUAAGACUGAUAUCGAUAAAAUUAAGGCUGGAUGUUUAUGGUUGUUUGAGCAAUUGUUUGUGAAAAAUAAAAAAAGUAAUAUCAGUAUAGUUGAAUACAUUAUCGUAUGGUUAAGUUAUAAACUAAAUCAAAAGAAGUAUGACGAAGCCAAGGAUCUAAAUGAUUUUUACACUAACUGUAUAGAAAAUAAUACGCAUUAUACUAAUUGUAAUAAUGAUAGUGGAAAUUGUAGUACCCAAUUAAAUGAGAAUACGGGAUAUACAAAUUAUAAGGAUAUCAUAGAUAAAAGAAAUAACAUGUUGAGUACUAAUAUUAAAAAUAUGUCUAAAAUAUAUGAUGCAUUUAAACUAUUAUGUAACGUGUAUACUGAACUUAAUGCAGACAACACAAUAUCUAAUAAAUCUUUAGAAAAUGCUAGUGAAUUUGUUAAAAAAUAUAAUGAACUUAAUAAUGUUUCUGAUAUUGAUGAAGGUAGUCCUUAUUAUCAAGUAUUGUAUAGAUUAUCAUAUGAUUAUAUUAAUUUAAAAGAAUAUUGUGAUAGUAAUGACAAUGGUUGUAGCAAAAUUCCAUCCCUUAUAUCGACAGAAACAGAAGAAAAUGGUAUGCAAAGUUCUGAAGAGAGUUGUGAUGGUACAUCAAGCUUCUCGAUAGUAAAAAAAUUAAUUCUAGCUUUAUCAAUAUUCAGUGCAAUAACAAUCUUUUUGGGAAUUUUUUUUAAGUGUUCGUUAUUUGUAUUACGGAAAAGAGCUCUAAAACAAUAUUUAAGAGAAAAAAUAAAAAAUAUAAAGAAGAGAAUGAAUCAUUAA